CAUGCAAUUUGGUAAGUGUUUGUAAGUGUUUGGUAAGAGUUCAGUCACGAAUCUACAGAGAAACAGAUUUAAUUGUGUGGUCUGAGGUCUAACGAGGUCUGAGCUAACGUUACUGUUACUUAGCUCGCUGCUCGAUCACUAGAAAUCAGCGGAGUUGAUGCUGGAGCUCUGUGAAGAACCGCAGCAUGUUCCCCCGCAGUGCUGCACCGAGGGGGCGGUCAGCCUACAGUAAGGCCCUGUACCCACCAGCCCCUGUGCCCCGGUACUACGAUUACAACCACCAAAGCCUGGCUGGUGUCAACAGCUUCUAUGUUCCUGGGCUUGAGAGGUUGCCUACAUAUGAAUGGAAGCCCACACCAUCCACCUGUCCAGUCCCUCCUCCUCGCACACCAACUAUGACCAAUGGGCGCAAGAGGCAGAUUGAUGAAUACAGCCCCCAUGUUGUGAAGCGGCAACGCCUUGAUUCUUCUUCCCACCCAGUAAUCAGCUCCGCAUUAAUUCGGCCACCACCUCCUCGUCGUGACCGUGGGGUGGCAGGGUCAUCAAGAUCAUCCUUCGCUGAUUUUGAUCGCGCUUAUCCCAGCCCACGCUCCCAUCCCCACCCUCAGGUGCCUGCUGUCCCAGAAAGCUCCAACAGCCUGCAGGCCUACGCUAAGGACAAGUUGAGUGGUCAGAUGGUGGAGCUGUUUGAGGCGUGCCAGCAGCAAUCUUCCGAUUUGGCACGGAAGGAGACGUGCCGAACUCGGCUGCAGCAAGACAUACAGCAUGUCUAUGCAGUGGCACGACUUUACUUGACUGGAUCUUCUAUGAAUGGGUUGGGCUGCCGGAGCAGUGAUGCUGAUCUGUGUCUGGUCCUCAAGGGAAAUAAAAGACACGAUCCUAUUCAAGUGCUCUCUGUCCUCCAAAAGUUGUUCAGAUCACUGUCAUAUGUAGAAAGGACUCAGCUGAUCAGAGCCAAAGUGCCGAUCCUCAGGUUCAGAGAGAAAGGCAGUGAUCUGGAGUUUGAUCUGAAUAUCAACAACACAGUGGGCAUCAGAAACACAUUCCUUCUGAGGAGUUAUGCCUAUGCUGAUCUCAGGAUACGACCCAUGAUCCUUGUUGUUAAGAAAUGGGCACGGCACAAUCAAAUCAAUGAUGCCAGCAAAGGAACGUUAAGCAGCUACACACUAGUGCUGAUGGUGCUGCACUACCUCCAGACUCUUAAUGAUCCUGUCCUUCCCUCUCUACAGAGGGACUACCCAGAGUGUUUUGAUCCCUUCAUGGACAUUGACAUGGUUCCAGAGGGACCCAAACACGUCCCCCCCUACAUUUCAAGAAACCAGUCCUCUCUGGGAGAGCUGCUUCUGGGCUUUCUCAAAUACUAUGCCACAGACUUCAGGUGGGAUAAGCAGGUUAUCUCUGUUCGAGAGGCCACAGCUUUGCCCAAGAACAAUUCUCAAGUGUGGAGAAACAAAUACAUAUGUGUGGAAGAGCCAUUUGAAAGAAAUAACGUCGCCAGGGCAGUCCAUGAGAAGAUCAAGUUUGAUGCCAUCAAAGCUCAGUUUGUGGAGUCACAUCGGAUACUACAACAGAGGAAGGACCUGAACUCGAUCCUCCCAGUCAGAGCCAUCAUUAACAAGGAGUCAUCCAGGAGAUAAGGGAUUCCUCUAAUUAGACAAGCUGACGGGAGUCUUCUACCUCAAGACAGGCCUGUCCCCAGAAAUGAAGAGAGACCUUUGGGAAAAUACUGCGCUCACUUUAAAAUGCUUUGCAGACUUAGCCAAAUUAUUGUAACUGAUAAUAAAAAUACAAUAUUUGUUUAGUGACACCAGAGGGCUCUGAAAUUAAAAUUCUGUCAGUUAAACUGGUGAUAGAGAGACACUGCGUUGAAGCAGGAUAAUAAUGGUCAGUGUUAGUAGAGAUGGUUAUUGCUGCUACACGGCCCUCUUUUCCAGUGCAUAUAGUGACAUACAUACUGACAAAGUAUGAAAAGACAAAAUAAUACCUGCAACCUGCUCAUAUCUCAAGCUAGCUUAAAUGGAAGCAGCAGCGUUUAGGUUUGACUCAACCAAGUUCUAAUCUCAGUUUUAUUUAUUAUAUAUAUACAAUUUAAUUUGUUUCUGCCACAUAUAUGUACAGUAUAUACAGUAUAUUGUCUUUAGCCCGUCUGGACCAACUUGUAACCUAAAAGCCUUAUUUCUAUUUUUCUAGGUCAGUAGUGAGGCUAUUACGGGUUUAGACACCCUUUUAUACAGCUGCAUUAAGGGCACUCUCUUUUUUUCAUCAUCACCAUCUUUAAAGGUGUUGUAUGCGAUUCUAAUCCAAUACACGUCAUUUUGUCAAACAGUGAAAAUCUCCUCAUGAUGUACACAGCCCUGGCUCUGUAAAUGGAAAACAAAAAAGGUGUCUCGGACCGAGCCACACAACAUUGUUAGUCAUGAUUUGUGUGUCAGGUCAUGUUAAAUUACUUGCCAACGGGCAUUCAGCUUACUUUCUAGUUUGCCAAGAUAUGCUGUUGUUGUGAUGUUUGCUAUAGUAGCAGGAGAGUUGUGAGUAUCACUGUCUGGAGCUGGUUUGCUGGCUCUGGGAAACCAUCUUGUCCUCUCUGCAUGUUAGUUUUGCAGCAGCAACUGUUGCUAACCCACAACUUAGCUAACAUUAGUUAUAUUACUUGCUGUGUUGUUCGCUCUAUAUCAUGGUAUUUGUCGUGGAAUUAGAUUUCUCCAGAAUCGCAUAUCCCACCUUAAGUUUCAAAGCUGUAAAGUGAUGUUGUGGUUAGUGUUAUAAUUUAUGUUACUCCGAGAUGAUCACUAGAGGGCAGGACGGAUAUUCCCACUCCUUUGUCAUUUCUCCUGAUGUGUCUGUAUUAUUUUCCCAACAGUGAUGUCAUUUUAGUUCUGUAUUUACUUGAUUUAUUUGGACAAAAACUGAUGUGUUGUUCACUCAUUUUUGGUUCACUUGAUACAUAAGUUAUUUGUUUACACUUGAGUGUGACUUUCUGUUUUUUAUUUUCUUUUUGGUUUAAAUUUUCCCUCUGCUCUUUUUGUACAUUACUGACUUUUAAUGUUUAUUUUUAAAAAAAUUAAAUCUCUGAAGAUGUA